GCAGGAACGCGAGGAAUGUCCCUGUUUGUGUGGGACUCCAUUCAGCUCAUUGGCGAGCCGGAGCCGCCCGGAGCGUAUAAAAGCCUGGGGCCGCCCGCCCUAGCCUCACACAACAACUCUUCCUGCAGAGAGAAGGCAGCCAGUACAACUCUAAACGCAGGAGACCGACCGCCUCCAGCCCGACGGCAGCCGCCCCAGCCGACAGCGCCAGAACACAGCCCGCCGCGUCCAGGCCCCAGUCGGCCCGAGCCCGCGUCUCAGCGCCCGGCCGUCCGCGCCCCACCCGCCGCCCGCAGCGCCCCGACCAUGUCCGCCGUCCGCUUCUCCUUCGUGCUCCUGCUCGCCCUCUGCAGCCGGCCCUCCUCCGGCCAGGACUGCAGCGGCCGAUGCCAGUGCGCGGCCGCGCCGGCGCCGCGGUGCCCGGCCGGCGUCAGCCUCGUGCUGGACGGCUGCGGCUGCUGCCGGGUGUGCGCCAAGCAGCUGGGCGAGCUGUGCACCGAGCGCGACCCCUGCGAUCCGCACAAGGGCCUCUUCUGCGACUUCGGCUCUCCAGCCAACCGCAAGAUCGGCGUGUGCACCGCCAAAGAUGGUGCCCCCUGCGUCUUCGGAGGGACGGUGUACCGGAGCGGAGAGUCCUUCCAGAGCAGCUGCAAAUACCAAUGCACUUGCCUGGACGGGGCAGUGGGCUGCGUGCCCCUGUGCAGCAUGGAUGUUCGCCUGCCCAGCCCUGACUGCCCCUUCCCUCGGAGGGUCAAGCUGCCCGGGAAAUGCUGUGAGGAGUGGGUGUGCGAUAAGCCCAAGGACCACACUGUGGUUGGCCCUGCCCUCGCAGCAUACCGGCUGGAAGACACGUUUGGCCCAGACCCAACUAUGAUUCGGGCCAACUGCCUGGUCCAGACCACAGAGUGGAGUGCCUGUUCCAAGACCUGUGGGAUGGGCAUCUCCACCCGGGUGACCAAUGACAACGCCUUCUGCAGGCUGGAGAAGCAGAGCCGCCUGUGCAUGGUCAGGCCUUGCGAAGCUGACCUGGAGGAGAACAUCAAGAAAGGUAAAAAGUGCAUCCGUACCCCUAAAAUCUCCAAGCCUGUCAAGUUUGAGCUUUCUGGCUGCACCAGUGUCAAGACUUACCGUGCCAAGUUCUGCGGGGUGUGCACAGAUGGCCGGUGCUGCACCCCCCACAGAACCACCACUCUCCCUGUGGAGUUCAAAUGCCCUGAUGGCGAGGUCAUGAAGAAGAGCAUGAUGUUCAUCAAGACCUGUGCCUGCCAUUACAACUGUCCUGGAGACAAUGAUAUCUUUGAGUCACUGUACUACAAGAAGAUGUAUGGAGACAUGGCAUAAAGCCAGAGAGUGAGAGCCAUUAACUCCUUAGGCUGUAACUUGGUGAUUCACAUCUCAUUUUUGUGUAAACAUGAUUGGAGUAGUACAAGAUAUUUGAAUUUGUUUUUCUAACUGGGGAAAAAGAACAAUUGUCACCAAAUUCAAAAUACUGUGCCAUGUGACAUUCAAACUAAUAGUGAUUAACCCCAGACACUGGUUUAAAGAAAGACUUGACCAUGGGACUCUUAUUAGUGCAUAGCACCAGAAUGUAUACUAAGGUGUGGCUUUAGGAGCAGUGGGAGGGUACCAGUAGAAAGGCUUGCCACCUUAAAGUAGUGAUGUGCCUGCUAUUUGGAGUGUAAUUGAGAAAGAAAAUUUUAGCAUGCUCACUGACCUGCCUGUAUCUCCAGCAACAGCUAGGAUGUGCAUUCUCUAGCCAUCGUGAGGCUGAAUCAGGUUCUAUACGUCAGAACAGCAGAUUCAGCUCUGACAUUCUGAUUCAAAUGGCACUGUUCAGGAAUCAGAAUCCUAUUAGACUGGACAGCUUGUGGCAAGCUAAUAUGCCUGUAACAAGCCAGUUUUUUUUUAUUGAUAAUGUAAAUAUUAUGUGUAUAUAUAUAUAUAUUUGUACAGUUAUCUAAGUUAAUUUAAAGUUGUUUGUGCCUUUAUGUUUUUUAAUGCUUUGAUAUUUCAAAUGUUAGCCUCAAUUUCAAACACCAUAGGUAAGACCUAAAGCUUGUCUGAUAAUUCAAAGCAUGAAGUGGAUAUUCAAAUGGAAAUUCUGCUCAGAGUGGCACUCCCUCAAAAAAGACUGUUUGCUGAAAGCAAGGCAGCAGUUUUCUUGGAAGUCUGAUUUGUAGGCUGGAAAUGUGAUAGCCUCAUUUUUAAUGAACAAAUGGCCUUUAUUAAAAAAUGAGUGACUCUAAAUAGCUGAUUGGUUUUUCCACCUGGAAACAUUUGUUUCUACUUUGACUAUGACUGUUUUUUGGACAGUUUAUUUGUUGAGAAUGUGACCAAAAGUUACAUGUUUGCACCUUUCUGGUUGAAAAUAAAGUAUAUAUUUUUUCUAUAAA